AUGCGCCUGACAUACAUCCUAGCGACGAUGACUGCAGCCACUCUCCACCUCGGUACCUCUGCGCUUCCUGCUGUCACGGAGCCCAAGCCAAUUACCGAGAAUGGGGCGUCGUUUGACGUUGUCGCGUCAGCCCCUUUGGAUGGCGGCAGAUUCCUUCGGCGUGUCGACAACGAUCGAGAUGACAGUGAGGAAGAGAGGACCAUCGGUAACGCUAUUUUGGAAGCUGCGAAGAAGCUGGAUCCCGUUGAAGCCGUGAAAAAGGCAAAAGAAGCUGCAAAACGCAAGAAGUCUAUCCUCGAAACGAUGAAGCUACAGGCGUGGCUCGAAAAAAUGAGAGAGACGAUCAUGAAGGACUAA